AUGAACAACCAAACCGCUGCCAAAUUUGAAGCAUCUCCUGCUGUGGUUAAGGCCAUGGGAGAAUUAUUGGAGAUGCAUAGGCAAGACGUGAUUGAGAAGCAACAAUCUGUGGCGAUGGAGAUGAUUAAAGGAUUAUCUGAUCGUAUGCAGCGGAUCGAAGAAAAGUUGGAUUCGUUGAUCUCAUCGAGUCCUUCGAAUCUUCCUGGACCUCCUGGAGCUUUUAAACCUAGUCCGUUCUUCACACAGCCACGCAAACUUGAAAAUAGCCCCUUCGCAGCCACUCAGAUACAGCAAGGAAAACAAGAGAGAAUGGUCGACAGAACAAGCUUAAUGGAUAAUGAUAGGCCUUUUAAGUUUUCCGGUCGUGGUCGUGGUCUGUUUGUUGGUGGUGCUUUAAGCGGUGGUCGUUGUGGCGGUCUAGGGUUUUGUGGCGACUGUUGA